AUGCCGUGCCAGGACAUCAAUGUCGACUCUGGCGUGCUAUUUGAAUUGAACAAGUGUCAGCGUCGAGGGGAAACAGCGUCGAAGCUGUCGCUUGCAGUAACUCUGCCCGCGACCUCUGACCCGGCCAUUUGCAUGUCCUGCCAGGCCUGCCUCGACUGCCAGUCCUGCCAGUCCUGCCACUCCGCUCUCAAAACUCAAAAUAUUAACACUUUAACGCCAAGUUUUUUAUCCGGCUGCCGGAAACAGACAACACAACGCACACAAACACUGGCGAGAACACAAAUACUACAGCUCGGCGGCGGCGGCGGCGGCGGCAAAGCGCCAUGUUGGAUUAUUCAACUCGACGCCAUUUCGCGUCACAAUGCGCGCUAUGCGCCGCCAUCAUUGCACCCGACAGCGAACGGCACCCGGCGCCCGGCAGUACUGGAACAAAAAUUGCCGCUACAACAGCAAGAGCAACAGCAGGAACAGGAACAGCAACAACGGCUAAGGGCUAUGGCGGCCCACACGGCGGAUGAAGUUGCAAUUCAAAGUCAUAAACACGUGGAGCGUGGGCGCAAAGUCUCAGCUAAGCCGCGAACCGGCGCUGCCACUGACAGCGAGGAAAACCAGGGAAAAGCAGGGACUGCAGAAGAGGCUAAAGGCGGGAAAAGCCGGGAAAGCGGCAGCGGCAGCGGUAGCGGCACUUCCUGCCCCGCCCGCAUUCGCAUCCUUCGACUCCUGACGUCAUGCAAAUGUGUGCUGGCUGGUGGAUCCUGGAUGGAGGUUUCUGGAUACAGGAUGCAGGAUGCUGUUGAUGCUGCCGCUCCACUCGGAAUGACAAAGUGA